GUCGCGUCGGUUACGUUUCGCUGCCCCCCUUCCCCGUUCGGCCUGCACAGCCCCACCCCCGCAAGUGCCCAACGCAGCACGACGAUUCCUCCCUCCCCGCUUCCCCUCCACCAGGGUCGAAACGAAUCGAAUCCUCCGGAACUCGCCGCCGCUUCUCCUCGCAGCCCGGGAGCACCCCUAGCGUCUCCGCCGCCGGGACCGACCGAUCCGAUCUACCGAGGAUGUCGUACGCCUACCUCUUCAAGUACAUCAUCAUCGGCGACACAGGCGUGGGGAAGUCGUGCCUGCUGCUGCAGUUCACCGACAAGCGCUUCCAGCCUGUGCACGACCUCACCAUCGGCGUCGAGUUCGGCGCCCGCAUGAUCACCAUCGACAAUAAGCCCAUCAAGCUCCAGAUUUGGGACACGGCUGGCCAAGAAUCAUUCAGAUCUAUUACUAGAUCGUACUACAGAGGGGCUGCUGGUGCCCUCUUGGUGUAUGAUAUCACCAGGAGGGAGACCUUCAAUCACCUCGCAAGCUGGCUAGAAGAUGCAAGGCAGCAUGCAAAUGCUAACAUGACAGUUAUGCUGAUUGGAAACAAAUGUGAUCUGUCUCAUAGGCGUGCUGUCAGCUACGAGGAAGGUGAACAGUUUGCCAAGGAGCAUGGUCUGGUCUUUAUGGAGGCAUCUGCGAAAACUGCACAAAAUGUUGAGGAGGCAUUCAUUAAGACAGCUGGAACAAUAUACAAGAAAAUCCAAGAUGGCAUAUUUGAUGUAUCAAACGAGUCCAAUGGAAUCAAAGUUGGCUACGCUGUCCCCAACUCAUCUGGAGGUGCUGCUGGCUCGUCCUCUCAGGCAGGUGGCUGCUGCAGCUGAGGUGGUGGCGACAAGUCAUACCAUUGCUCAAGAUUCUCCCUGCAAAUAUCUUGAUGUAGCCUAUAGCUGGCACCGGAUGAUUUGUUCUUUCAGCAAUCCGUAAGCAAACCUUAAAUCAGUGUUAGCUGUCGUUUAUACUGUGCAAUCUUUCUGUAAAGCCAAACAUUCACGAUGUCUACCCUUUAGCGUCUGAUGUGACAAAAUUGAAAUCGGUUUAUGGUAUUCGUUUGUUCAAAAUGUAAAUAUGCUUCUCUGGCC